UUGCAAUGUUGAAAAAUGGUCCAUCAAGAUAAACUAUAAUUCGCUUUCAUUCCAAUACUUUUUCUUUCUCUUUUCUAUCCAAUGCAUUUAUUGUUUCUCACUGUAGCUUUGUUUGGCAUUACAGUCAUUGCUGUGCCAAAGAUAGAGCCCAAUGAUCAAAUGCUGAGCAUUGCUUCCGCUGCAAUAAUGCCACAUAACUUGUUACAACGGGGUUCUGUCAUCGACACUCAUCAAGAACAAACCUUGAUUAAGCCACCUAUGCUCUUUCUUGUUUCUAAUGAAGAAGAAUCGGAUGAAGAACCAGAUAAAGAACCAGAUAAAGAAGACCAUAAUGACAGCGAUAAAGAAUCAGAUAAAGAAGAACACCACAAGAAUGACAGUGAAGAUGAGAAAGAAGACAAAGACAAUGAUGAUAAAAAAGAAGACAAAAAGAAAUACAGAAAUGAUGAAGGCCCUACCAAUAUUGAAACUAAUUUUAAUAUUAUGAUGCCUGCUGAAAAUACAAACGCAGAUGAUACGAAACAAAACAAUGGUACCUUGUUUGAUUCUUCAAAAUUUGUCAAAUUACCCAAUGGUAACUGGGCUCCUUCAUGCAAACAUGUACCUAGAGGUGUCUAUUGUCUUAAACCGGACGGAGAAGACAAAGCAAUUGUUGAAUGUUUAGGUGAAAAUAUUGGAUAUCAGUUUUCUUGUGCUGAUGGUAUGAAGUGUUACAGUGCAGGUCCUUUAGAUGUAGAUUGCAUAAAAGCAUAACAAGAAUUUAUUACAGAUGAGGAUAUAAAGAGAAUGCUAAAAAAUAAAAAAUAAAAGAGAAACAUAAAA